AAAACCCACAAUUUCACAUCGGCAAACACUGUCUUCAUCCACUUGACUCCCAAGACCCGCCCACACGUGGCCAACCUUUUUCGUUUUUAAUGCUUUUUCACUGCAGGUUCAUGUGUUGAGACCAACCUUAUAUGGACUGAUCAGCCUGGUAAUGGCUUAUUUCCCCCUAACACCCCGCAGUAGCGCGAUAUCCAUGAGCUAGAUAUACCACUUCAGUCACUUUGGCAUUCUUCCUGGACUUACAGAACUGAUUUCUCCGCUACUUUUUUUUUCGCCCCCCCCGAGCAACGGUUACCGACCGAGCCUCAUGCGUCGACUCCAGCUUACUUCGCGCUGAAACGGCACCGAUCCCGCGUUCGUUAAAUCAUCUGUGCUUUGUGUUUUUGAAACAGAGGAUCGCCAAACUGGUGCAGCAACUUCACCGCAUCAAAUGCCCCAGAACAUGUCGUUGACCAACACAAAGACGGGCUUUUCGGUAAAGGACAUUUUGGACCUCCCUGAUACUAACGAUGAAGAAGGAUCUAUCACCGGGACCGAGGAAGACACGGAGGGUUCUGAGGCGACUAAAACGCCUGGAGUGCUAGUGCAAAGUCCUUUAGAGAAUGUUCAAAACCUGCCUUUAAAGAAUCCCUUUUACGACAACAGCGACAAUCCUUACACCAGAUGGCUCGCGACCACGGACAGCAUCCAGUACUCAUUACACGGCCUCUCCGCGAACUCUCAAGACUCGUCUGCGAAAUCUCCGGAGCCCUCGGCGGACGAGUCGCCGGACAACGACAAGGAAACUUCGAGCAACGGCAGCGACUCCGGUAAGAAGCGCAAAAGGAGGGUGCUCUUUUCCAAGGCACAGACUUACGAACUCGAGCGCCGGUUUAGGCAGCAGAGGUAUCUGUCGGCCCCGGAGAGGGAGCACCUCGCCAGUUUGAUCCGCCUGACUCCGACCCAAGUGAAAAUCUGGUUCCAGAACCACCGAUACAAAAUGAAGAGAGCCAGGGCGGAGAAAGGUAUGGAAGUGACCCAUCUCCCUUCUCCCAGGCGGGUGGCCGUGCCUGUGUUAGUCAGAGACGGCAAGCCCUGCCACACGCUAAAAGCUCAGGACUUGGCAGCUACUUUUCAGGCUGGAAUCCCGUUCUCCGCGUAUAGCGCCCAGUCUCUCCAGCACAUGCAAUAUAACGCGCAUUACAGCGCCGCCACCACGCCACAGUUCCCAACGGCACAUCACUUGGUGCAAACGCAACAGUGGACUUGGUGAACGAAUAGUGACUUGCGAACGCAGGGCUGCGUUUUAAAGACCGCGGUAGGGAGCUUUCCAAACAAAAAAACCACAAGACUUUUGAUUUUUGAUUUUUUUUUUUGCAGCUUGACCCUUUCUCACCAAUUUGUUUUGGUGGAUCGACGUGCGCGCCAUGUUUACAUGUUUUCGUUAAGAAAACCGGGUCAAGCCUCUCCCCCGAAUUUAAGAAUGUUAAAGCUCUUGUGAAAUUUUGUAAAGUAUGUUUGUGUGUUGUAGAAAUGUUUUCCUUUCGUCCUUCGUGUUAUAAGCACGUGCAAAACCACUUUAUGAUUAUAGAAAAUUUUAUUUCUUUCUUUUACAAUGGACCGAAUAUAUUUAUGGCCAUGAAUAAACGCUGGCAACCUUUAGCUUAUUACAUGGGUUUGUUUUCUAUGUAAAUAUUUUGUGAUAACUGUUUGCAAUAUUAUGUUUGACCGUUCAGUAAGCUACAGCCUAAAUACACACGAUAUUUAGGGGAAAUGGAACAUCAGUUGUCGAUAAAUAUCCCUCAUGUUAAUUUCAGUAACACCGCGCGCGGGCGAGGGGAGUUCUGCGAUUCUUUUUAUUAAGACUUUUAAUAAAAUGGUGUGUUUCAGAAAUUCCGAUUGGUUUUGCGUUUGGUCUCAGUGAUUUCGGACACAUUUUUAGCAAACUGCGGAUCGGUUCUUUCGCCUAAAAACUAAAAAGAAUAAACUAACGGAACGAAUAAACGCGAAGCGCAUAAAUAUGCUAAUUUGCAAAGCCUUUGUGUUUGCACAAAUAUUGUUUUAGGCGGUUUGUCGCUCUCCCUGUCACUUCAUCGGCGACACAAUUGGCUUCGUUUUACCGAAUUUAUCUGCGCGAACACUUCAGCAAUAAGAAGGCUAAAGUCACUCGUGAAAUGGGGGUAAAAAACCCACUCACUUAAUAUAAGAGGGCUUCUUCAGCUAAGCAGCUUUUCAUUCAAACCCCUCUCUCCUUUUCAGGCUCCGCGGCUGACGUUUCGGGCGUUAAAACGGCACAUUUAAAAGAGAAAACGCACGCGACAAAGUUUUCGAGCUUAAUAUAGCGCCCGUUUAUUACCAUUUACAAAAUAUUUUAGCGUCAGCUGUCACGCUUAGCCAAACUGAAGGCUGCCAAGUUAUUUGCUCGAACUGACACGCACCGCGGCCGCGUACCAGUGAGAUUUGCAUUAUUAUUAUUUUUUGUCAGCUAAAUCAAAAUUACAACGACACAGGCAAAAUAUGCGACAGCUAUUUUUUGGUUUCUCUAUAGGAUUAUCGCGCGUUGGCGGACGUUAAGGUUCGGCGCGAAAAUGUUUUUUAAAUAUAUCGGACGGUUGAACGGAAACGCCGCGUUAAUCCUCUCACGCUUAUUCUGGUGUUUUACGCUUUUAUUAAUUCAUGCUCGUAAAGAAUUAUGUAUAAUAUCUGACUGAAUUUCUGACUGAGAUAUUUUGAUAGUUCUUGCUCAGCCGCUAUUGUUCGGUUUUACGAGGAGAAGGCGGUGUGGAAAUGACACGCACCUGUUGUCGGCUACAAGGAAGUCGUUCGCGACGGCGCGUUUAACGUUUCUUCCGUGCGCCGUGUUUUAGAACGCAAAAUAAAAACUUUCCGAAGUUUAAGAACCGCUUUUAUUCCCGACUUAGCCGUUCGCCUGUGAUUGCGUAGCGAAAAAAAAAAAAAUCGCGGCCACGGUUGCGUGGGACUGAUGGUCGACAAUGGCGGCGAAGCACUUUUGAGCAGUCUAUAGUAGCACAAUAUACAGUACAUGACACAAAACCUAACAAAGCUUAGGGUCGGUUGUUGUGAAUGUUAGAGGCGUGCAUAUUAACAGGGGGAGUGUAUCUCCGGCUGGAGAGAGGGAGAAAGACAGUCCGCGGUUCUUGGUGCUAUUCAGGUCCUUUAUCUGGACCGGUGCAUCCCUGAGUCAGGGAGAUAUAUCCUUGUUUUUUUUUUUCUGUUUUUUUUCCGUAGCGCCUGUCAGUUGGUGCCAUUGUGGCGCUUGUUGUACACGUUCUAUUCCAUAUGGACAGCUGGGCCCGCGAGAGGAGAAAGGAAUCCCUCACAAAAACCAAAUUGUGUCCCGCUUUCAAACGCCGCAUUGUUGUCUCUCAAAGAAAAACGAAUUAAAAAUUCGUGCUAUAUCUAUUCUGGAAAAGAAGGCAAACCCAUUCACAGAUAACAGGGAGUCCUUCUUCCUUGAUAUAGCAGUGCUGACAACAGUUCUCUCAUUCCUUUAACCCUCUCAUAAACUCCCCCUUUUCUUGACGUUGAAAGGGAAUGAUUAUUGUCUGUUCCGCAAAGUCUGUAGCGUUACAACUUCAAAACUAUUUAAUAGAUGCUUUUCUAUUUCCUGUCCCGCGUAAAUAAAAGGCCCUGCGUGUUGAUUCU